AUGGCUUGUAACUCUUAUUUAAAUGAACUUAAACUAUAUUAUACCGAGCAUUCGAUCCGUCUUUAUUUGUAUCAAACGUUUGAUGCGGCAAUCAAAUAUGGAAACUUUGAGACAUUGAAAUAUAUGGUCGAUAUGAUCAAACCAAUAGCAAGAUCGAGUUCCCAGCUAAUCGAUUUCAAUGGUCUCUUAUAUGAAGCAAGCGAGCAUUGUAGUUUGGAAAAAAUCAAAUACAUUUGUGAAGAAUUCUCAAAGAAGAGAUUGAAUUACUAUUUUGCUUUGGCGGUGGCACCGUUGUCUGGAGACAUCGAAAUAGUAAAGUACUUGGCUGAUAAACUUGCCAGUUGUGAAUAUUCAAAGAUUAGAAAAAAAGAUUACGAUACGUAUGGAUCUUUUGAUAAUGCUGCCAAGAUGGGUCGAAUCGACAUGAUUGAAUGGUUGGCAGAACAUAGAUCGCAAGACAGAGAGUUUAGCAGCAUGUAUUACGGUGCCAUUGAAGGUGGACAUCUUCAUGUCGUUCAAUACCUUCUCGAUAUCAAUGAGCCAAUCAGACAAGAGCCACACGAAGAACAUGGUACAUUAUUUGACUAUUCGAUCUUGUACAAUCAAUUGGCAAUAGCAAAACUACUACACCAACAUAACAUCAGAGAAUCACUCGAUACUCCAAUAGAUUUUGCAUCCUUAAAUGAAAAUAUCGAAAUGUUAGCGUGGCUCUCUGCAAACACGACUGUUACUGCCAGUGAGAGAGUCGUGGACAAUGCGGCAUUGAAAAACAACAUGGAAGUUCUCAAAUGGUUAAAACAACAUCGAACUGAAGGUUGCAGUCAUAAUGCAUUUGUAGAUGUGUGUAGAGAAGGUUAUAUCGAAGUUGCACAAUGGUUAUAUCGGAAUCAAACGAUAAUAUAUGAACCUAAUGAUGCAAUCAAUGCAGCCGUUGGCAAUGGUCAUUUAGAACUCGCCAAAUGGUUGUUUACAACUCUAAAUCAACGACCAUCCACAGCGGCAAUGAAUAAUGCUGCAGUCAAUAACCACAUUCAUAUGAUCAAAUGGCUGGUAGAUAAUUCAUUAUUCUCAUUUUCAACAACAGCAAUCGAUAUCCUAUCAAGAAGUGACAAUCUUCAAAUGAUAAAAUGGUUGAAUGAAUAUGAUCCAAGUGUAGGAUGUACAGAAAGAGCUCUAUAUAGUGCUGCAAGUCGUGGUCGACUGGAAAUCAUGAAGUGGCUUCGAGAGAACAGAACUGAGAUUUCCUGUUUGAAAAAACUAAAACAUGGAAUUUAUUCAGGUGGUGCAGAGACCAUCAAUUGGGCAUUGGAUAACUUUGCAAUCGAUUUGGAUGAAAUGGUAAACCAUUCAAGAGACAUAAAAACCAUCAAAUGGCUCCACGAUAAUAAUAUACAAGGUAUAUUCAAUGACAAGUCAAUGGAGAGUGCAAUCAAAGGAAUUCAAUUUCCAUUAGUAAAGUGGCUCUAUGAGAAUAGAAGUGAAUGUCAAUGUACUAUUGAUGGUUUUGUGGUCGCUAUUGAAACUGGAUAUACGGAGAUGAUCCAUUAUCUAUUGGGUAAACAUCCAGAGUUUGCCAAUCAAUUAUCAAAACCAAAGAGACAUCUAGAACAUUACUUUAAAAAUGAUGAUAUCGAGAUGAUUGAAUUCCUUUUGGAAAACAUAAAUUUCCCAUUGAAUAAACUAAAUAAGUAUCAACGAUCUAUACAAUCUAAGGAAUAUUCAGAUAUUUCAAAUCAACUAUUACAAGAUCAUAUCAAAAAGAAAAACGAUCUCUUUGGAUAA